CCACGCAGGCGCACUGCAGCCCGGAACCCCAAAGUCGGCACGGGCUCCCCGCGGGCGAGCAGGCGGGCGCGCGCGCGCUUUUUGGGCGCGCGAAGAAGGGGGCGCGCGCCAUGGAGCAGCGGUUAGCUGAGUUCCGGGCGGCCCGGAAGCGAGCCGGGCUGGUGGCUGAACCCAGCACUUCGAGCCAGCGUACACAAACCUCGGGAGAGAAGGCAGAAGCAGCUACGACUCCAAAAGCACCCUCAGGCUGGCUAAAACGGUUCCUGCUGUGGAAACCGAGGCCACCGAGAGCCCAGACCCAGCCCAGCCUCGCUCAGGGAGCAGCUGGGCCUGGGGGCCGCGAGUCACAGCCACCACGGAGUCCAGCCGAAGCCCCACCACCGCCACGGCCGCAGCCGCCCCUGGCCCCCCGGGACCGGUCUCUCCUGACCAGCGUCACCUUGUUGAAGGUGCUCCUCUGGUUGGUCCUGCUGGGGCUGUUCGUGGAACUGGAAUUUGGCCUGGCCUAUUUUGUCCUGUCCCUGUUCUACUGGAUGUAUGUGGGGACGCGAGGCCCCGAGGAGAAGACGCAGGGAGAGAAAAGCGCCUACUCCGUGUUCAACCCGGGCUGCGAGGCCAUCCAGGGAAGCCUGACUGCCGAGCAGCUGGAACGCGAGCUGCACCUGAGGCCUCUGCCGCGGAGAUAGGACCGGACCGGCGGCGGGCCCCCCGGGCCUCGCACCCCCUGGCUUUGACUGAGAGCAGCUUGCGGGUCAUGUCUGUGACCCCACAAUUCCCCACUUCCCCUGACCUCCUGCGACAGUUUUAUCUCAGAACUUCUUUUUCAUUGUGGUGAAACUCCUGGAAAGACACUCACUGUGGGUCUGAUGCAAUUUAUAAAAAUUACACACUCAAGACAGGAGACCUCUUUGUCUCUUUAUUUGAGAGGCGAUUCUUAGAACACUAGGAGGGCUUUGGGGAGAUAACUGUUGAAAAUAUUGAGCUGUUUGAGGUAAUGGUUUGGUACAUCAGAGCUAUGUGUUAAAAGUAAAUAUUCUCUUUAAGUUUUUUUUUUAGAAUUAGUUACAGUAAGUCCCCUGCAUACAUAAACCUCUGUUCCAAGAGUGCAUUUGUAAGUCCAGUUUGUUCCAAGUCCAACACAGUUAGCCUAGGUACCCAACUAACCCAUUUGGCUAUAUAGUACUGUACUUUAUUAGGUUUGUAAUACUUUUCACACAAAUAAUACAUAAAAAAUAAAACAUUUUUCAUCUUACAGUACAGUAAGAAAAAGUACAAUAAGUACAGUGAGAAAGUACUUGAAAAGUACAGUAGUAUGGCCCAACAGCUGAUAUACAGGGGCUGGCAUCAAGUGAACGGGAAAGAGGCGUCACAGACUGGAGGAGAGAGGAGUGGGCGACGGCAGAGCUGAAGGAUCAUCAGCAAUAGGAGAUGGAGGGCAAGCUGCAAUGUCCCUCACGCCUGACGUUGAUGUCACAGGUUCUGGUUCCUUGCUGGAUUCAAUUCCAUCUAUCCUCUUGAAAACACAGCCUAGUGGUGUCUGAGUAGUAGCUCUUUUUUUUCUCGCCAUAAUGACCUGGCAGCACUGGAUUGCAUUCUGAAUGGCUGCUGCAGACUUUGUGAACUCUUCUGCAUUCAGGUCCGGUGCCUCAAAAACUUAACAGGGCCUCUCCGGGAAAACCCCUCUACUAUUUCCUGUAUCAUGGAGCUCUUCAGUUCUUCAGUUACUUCUUCCGCUUGUCUCUCUUGGUGCUUUCUCUGGGCCUCCAGCUCCAGAUCUUCAUUAGUCAAUUCUUCAUGUUGCACAUCAAGGAGUUCAGUGCAGUUGCCCUCUUGCAGAUCUAGCUUGAAAUAAAGAGACUCCACUCCUGUGCUUGUACAAUACAAUACACAGAAGCACAAACACUUGUAGAGAAUGCACACACAUGGCAAUAUACACCAGACACGUGAAGUGACUUACGAGACCAGACGUGCAAAUACAUCCUCACGUCUUUGAAAGUUCACAACUUGAAGGUUCGUAUGUAGGAGACUUACUAUAAUUAAUUUUUAAUUGACACAUAUUUGACUUACACUGUUAUUAAUAGUUUCAAUUGUACAGCAAGGUGACUCAGUUCUUGUCUGGACUCCCCUGUCCAGGCAAGAAUACUGGAGUGGGUUGCCAUACCCUCCUCUUUGCUGCUGGUGCUGCUAAGUCGCUUGUACAACAAAGUGACUCAGUUACAUAUAUAUGUGCAUGCAUGCAUGCUAGGUCACUUCAUUAUGUCCAACUCUUUGCGACUCUAUGGACCCUCUGGACUCUAUGUAACCCUCCAGGCUCCCCUGUCCAGGCAAGAAUACUGGAGUGGGUUGCCAUACCCUCCUCCAGGGGAUCUUCCUGACCCAGGGAUCUAACCUGCAUCUCUUAUGUCUCCUGCAUUGGCAGAUGGGUUCUUUUUAUUACUAGCACCACCUGCUGCUGCUGCUGCUGCUAAGUCACUUCAGUCGUGUCCAACUGUGUGCGACCCCAUAGACGGCAGCCCACCAGGCUCCGCCGUCCCUGGGACUCUCCAGGCAAGAACACUGGAGUGGGUUGCUAUUUCCUUCUCCAAUGCAUGAAAGUGAAAGUGAAGUCACUCAGUUGUGUCCGACUCUUAGCGACCCCAUGUACUGCAGCCUACCAGGCUCCUCCAUCCAUGGGAUUUUCCAGACAAGAGUACUGGAGUGGGUUGCCAUUGCCUUCUCCAAGCACCACCUAGGAAGCCUAUAUAUAUAGUCUUUUUCAGAUUCCUUUCCCAUAUAGGUUAUUACAAAAUAUUGACUAUAGUUCUCUGCUCUGUACAGUAGGUCCUUAUUGAUUAUCUAUUUUAUGUGUAGUAAUAUGUAUCUGCUAAUCCAAAAUUCCUUUUUCCCUCCCCCCCACUUUCCCCUUUUAACCAUAAAUUUGUUUCCUAUGGCUAUGAGUCUAUUUGUUUUCUAAAUAAGUUCAUUUGUAUUGUUUUUAAGACUACACAUAUAAGUGAUAUUGUAUAUUUGUCUCUCUCUAUCUGGCUUACUUCACUUAGUAUGAUAAUCUCUAGGUCCAUCCAUAUUGCUGCAAAUGGCAUUAUUUUGUUCUUUUUAUGGCUGAGUAAUAUUCCAUUUUAUGCAUGUACUACAUCUUCUUUAUUCAUUUGUCAAUGGACAUUUACACUGCUUCCUUGUCUUGACUAUUGGAAAUAGUGCUGCAAUGGACAUUGGUGCCCAUGUAUCUUUCCAAAUUAUGAUUUUCCCUGGAUAUAUGCCUAGGAGUGGGAUUGCAGGAUCAUAUGGUAACUCUGUUUCUAGUUUUUUAAGGAACCUCCAUAUUAUUCUCUGUAGUGGCUGUACCGAUUUACAUUUCCCCCAACAUUGUAAGAGGGUUCCCAUUUCUCUACACCCUCUCUAACAUUUAUUGUCUGUAGACUUUUUGAUGAUGGCCAUUCUGACUGGUGUGAGGUGAUACCUCAGUAUAGUUUUGAUUUGCGUUUCUCUAAUAAUGAGCAGUGUUGAACAUCUUUUCAUGUGUCUUUUGGCCAUCUGUAUGUCUUCUUUGGAGAAAUGUCAUUUUAGAUUUUCUGCCCCUUUUUUGUUUUUUGUUUUUAAUAUUGAGCUGUUUGCAUAUUUUGGAGGGUAAUCCUUUGUCAGUUGCAUCAUCCACGAAUAGCUUCUCCCAUUCUGGAUGUUGUCUUUUCAUUUUGUCUAUUGUUCCCUUUGCUAUGCAAAAGCUUUUAAAUUUAAUUGGGUCCUAUUUGUUUUUAUUUCCAUUACUCUAGGAGGUGGAUCCAAAAAGAUAUUGCUGCAGUUUAUAUCAAAGAGUAUCCUGCCUGUGUUUUCUUUUAGGAGUUUUAUAGUAUCUGGUCUUACAUUUAGGUCUUUAAUCCAUUUUGAGUUUAUUUUUAUGUAUGGUGUUAGAGAAUGUUCUAAUUUCAUUCUUUACAGGUAGCUCUCCAGUUUUCCCAGAACCACUUAUUGAAGAAACUGUCUUUUUUCUCUUAUAUAGUCUUGCUCCUUUGUCAUAGGUUAACUGACUGUAGGUGUGUGGAUUUAUUUAUAGGCUUUCUAUCCUGUUUCAUUGAUCUAUACUUAUUUUUGUGUGUGUGCCAGUACCAUACUGGUUUUUAAAUAUUGUUUAUUUACUUUAUUUUCGGUGGCACUGCGUCUUUGCUGCUGCUCACGGGCCUUCUUCAGUUGCAGCUAGCAGGGCUAACCUCUAGCUGCGGUGUGCAGACUUCUCAUUGCAGUGGUUUCUCUUGUGGAAUACAGGCUCUGGGUGUGUGGGCUUCAGCAGUUGUGCUGUGUACGCUCAGUAGUUGCAACUCAUGAGCUCUAGAGAGCUGUCUCCGUAGUUGAGGCACACAGGCCCAGCUGUCCCACAGCGUAUGGGAUCUUCCUGGACCAGAGAUUGAACCCAUGCCUCCUGCAUUGGCAGGUGGAUUCUUUACCACUGAGCUACCAAGGAAGACCUACCAUACUAUUUUGGUUACUGUAGUUUUAUAGUAUAGUCUGAAGACAGGGGAGCCUUAUUCCUCUACUUUUACUUUCCUUUCUUAAGAUUGCUUUGGCUAUUUGGGGUCUUUUUUGUUUCCACACAAAUUGUAAACUUUUUUGUUCUAAUUCUGUGAAAAAUGCUAUUGGUAAUUUUGAUAGGCAUUGCACUGAAUCUGUAGAUUACUUUGCAUAGUAAAAUCAUUUUUGACAGUAUUGAUUCUUCCAGUCCAAAAACAGUGUCUCUGUACAUUUGUUUGUGUCAUCUUUGAUUUCUUUGAUCAUUUUCUUAAAGUUUUCUGAGUACAAGUCUUUCAUCUCCUUAGGUAGGUUUAUUCUGAGGUAUUUUGUACUCAUUGAUGUGAUGAUAUAUGGGAUUGCUGCCUUAAUUUCUCCUUGUGAUCUUUCAUUGUCAGAGAAUAAGAAUGCAGGAGAUUUCUGUGCAUUUAUCCUGUAUCUUUACCAGGUUCAUUGAUGAGCACUAGUAGUUUUCUGGUAGUGUCUUUCGGAUUUUCUAUGUAGAGUAUCAUGUCAUCUGCAAACAGUAAUUGUUUCUUUUUCAGUUUGGAUUCCGUUUAUCUCUUUUUCUUCUCUGUUUGCCCUCUCUUCCUGCUCUGUUGGUUGUUUGGCCUGAGAUGUUUCAGCACUGGAGCCUACAGGCUUUUGGUUGGGGCCAGGUCUUGGUGCCAAAAUGGUGACCUCCGAGAGAGCUCAUACCGAUGAAUAUUCCCUGGUGGAAACCACCAGAGUCCCUGUACCCACAGUAAGCCACGGCUGCCCCAUCCUCACUCCACCUCCUCAGGAGACCCUCCAAGACCAACAGGUGGCUCUGGCCCAGGCUCCUAUGACAUCACUGCCUUUGCCCUGGGUUCUAGCACGAGAUACUGUGUGCACUCUCGAAGAGUGGAGUCCCUGUUUCACCCAGUCCGUGGACUCCUACAACAAGCCCCACUGGCCUUCAAAGCCAGAUGGUCUGGGGGCUCCUCCUCAUGGUACUUGACCUUUAGACUGGGGAGCCUGGCGUGGGACUCAGAGCUUUCACUCCUGUGGGAGAACUUCCGUGAUAUAUUUAUUCUCCAGUUUGCAGGUUGCCCACUUGCAGAGUGUGGGAUUUGAUUAUAUUGCCAAUACACCCCUUCUCAUGGUUUCUUCUUUGUGUCUUUGGAUAUAAAAUAUCUUUUUUUUGGUAGA